AUGGUCCGCACCAAGAACACCGCCAAGAAAUCCACUGGCGGCUCAGCCCCACGUCCGGAGAAGGAAGGCUUGACCGCCUCCAAGGUCAAGCCUGUGGGAGGUGGGGACAUUGAGAAGAGAGAUGCUCAUUAUAAGGCUUUGACCGCUGCCAAGGCCACCUUGCCUAUGGGAGGUGGGGACUUGGCAAAUACAAGUGUUCACAAUGAGUAUUGCAUAGUCUGCAGGGAUGGUGCAGGGCGCUAUGAAGAGAAUACUCUCUUCAUGCUCCGCCUGCAGCUGCCGCCUGACUUAGAGACCACAGUCCUGCAGGACAACAUCUCUUUCCAGUGCAUUUGUUGCCACAUCAAGAUGGAACAAGGCGGCGCCUACUUUGGUUUCUAUAACACCAACCACCUUCCAGUCUUGGACAGGUUCUUACCCAUCAAUGGCGCGCUUGAGGUGUCUGAGCGAGCCGAAAUUUCAGCAGCCACAGUCAUUUUCAUUCACCUCAUCCUCGUCGACUUCACAGUGGCUGGUAGCCCUAUGGAGUUUGCUCAUUCCUUCCUCAAGCCCUACUAUACUGGCGACCGCAUCCAGUAUCUCAACGUCUACUAUGACAUUGGCACUGAUGCCAAGCUUCCUGCCUACCACAGCAACAUCCAGAAGAUAAUGAAAGGUUUGAAGAAGUCCUUUGUCUGGGAGCGUGUUGUGAUUGGCGUCUCUACUCACACUGAUGAGGAUUUUGGAGACCCUUUUACUGGGUAUGAGGAUGAUGCCUCAGAGGGCUAUAUCAGCACUCCGGUCAAUGAUUUCUUGGAAAUAAUUCUCCAACCCUGGCAAACUCUCAUUGAUGCCGCCCAGGAAUCCUACCUCUGGAUGUUCUGUUGUGGCCACCUUGUCACCAACUUGGACUCAUUCCAUGGCUUGCAAGAGGCUGUUGUCCGUUUAUUUGACAUCAUCUAA